AUGUAAAUGCUUCCCCCACCUAAGAAAGUCAAUAAUUGGACUAUUAGAUAAAAUUAAGAAUUGAAAGAAUAAGUUAAUCGUUUAAAUUUUGAAUUAAAUGCUACCUAUAAAGUAUCUUCUCAUUAAAAAUGUAAUUAGAAUCUCGUACUUGAUACAGAAACUCAUUUCAAUUUUGAAGUUUUGUUAAAAAUGCCUUAAUUGGCUAAAAGAUGA